AUGGGAGCGUGCGUCGAGCUGCUGCAGAGGAACCAAGUCCAGCAUGGGUGCGUGCGAGCUGCAGCAGAAAGCAAGGUCGCUAGAGAACCGAUCCAUCAUGGGAGCGUGCGAGUUGCUGCAGCAGGAGCCGGGGUCACUAGAGAAUCCGAUCCAUGCUGGAGCUCCGCUGCCUUUCUCUCCACCCACUCUCUCCUCCCCAUCCCUCUCUACCCCGCUUUUUAUUUAUUCUCCCCUGCUUCCAUCAGCAUGGGAGCGUGCGAACUGCUGCAGCAGGAGCCGGGGUCCCUGGAGAACCGAUCCAUGCUGGAGCUGCUCCAUCUCAACGACCAACCGCUCUUCAUGGACACGCUGGUUAAGUGCGCGCGCUUAGCUCCCUCCAGCAGCACGGCGCCGUCGGUCCGCCCGUGCAGCGCACACGCCGCCACAGGGACCAGCCAGCCAAGCUAUAGGGGUACAUUCACUGACGCGCCUCAGUACUCACAACAGCAGCAGGCAUAUGGGGGAGAGCAGGCGUAUGCUGGGCAGCAAAUUCGUGGGAAUACAGAAUUCUGGGCUACAACACCUGCUACGACCCCCGCCACAACCCCCGCGACAACCCCCACUACAACCCCCUUCAACCCGCCGCAGCAGGAGCAGCACGGUUGUUUCUCAGGCGCUUCUUCUUCUCACGCUGCCCGGCGCGAGUUUUCUACUACUGGGGCUGCUGUUUCGGGCAGCGGCGGAAGGUUUUUCCGCGGGCAGCACCAGCUGCACGUGCGUCUGAGGGUGGAUGAGGAGGCGGAGGGGGAGGACCCUCAGACUGAGCAGCAGUUUGUGUGGGUGCGCGCACGGAUGCUGCCUGUCGUGGCACGGAGACAAGUUGUGGGCGAAGCGAGGAGAGAUGCAAGGGGAAGGGAGUCAGAAGGAAGUGAUGCAGCGUUUGUGAGAGGGCAGGCAGGGGCAGCGGGUACUGGAGCAGGUGGGGCAGGAACAGCGACAGCAGCAAGCGGCAGAGGAAGGCUGUCAGUGGUGUGUGUUUUCGAGGAGCUUGAGGUGGUUCCCGCCUCUGUGGCUGCACCUGCAGUGGCGGCUGUAGCAGGCGAGCCAACAUUUUCCUUAGACCCUGCCGCUGCUUCUGCUGCUGCUACUGCUGCCGCCGCUACCUCUGCCGCUGCUUUCGCUGCUGCCGCUGCAGCGGCUGUAGCGGCCGCAGCCGCAGCCGCUACAGCCACCCGCAAGCCCCAGCCCGCCCCUGUGACUAUAGAGAAGAGGAAAGGGCCCAUGACGCUACCGACGCUUCCCCGGUGGCGCUCUAACGAGGAUCUUAUAGAGGAGGGUGAUCCGUUAGAAGACAGGCAGUUACUGGAUCAGCUACCAACGAGGAUAGAGGAGAUCAAGGCACGUUUCGAGGGUAGAGGGGGUUCGGAAGAAGAGGCUAGGGUUGGAGCAGAGGAGAGGAGGCGUCAAGGGGAUCUGGGCAAGUGGCAGGGAGGGAGGGGAGGUAGGGGGAACCGGGGGCAAAGGUGGGUUGACGGUGCGAGUGCUGAGGCAAAGAGUGAGCGGUUGUUGGGGCAGGAGAAUGGGGGAAGCGGGGAGAGGGAGGAGGGGAGGAGCGACGGGAAGGAGAGGAGAGAGGGGAGCAAGGGAGAUGGGGAGAAGGGCGAGGAAGCGUGGGAGCAACGGCAGAGCAUGAGUGGUGGUUGCACCAGUGCUGCUGCUGCGGGAGUGGGUGGUGGGGCAGAGGAAAUUGGCAGCGGGGCAGUUGAAAUUGGUGGUGUGAACGAUGGGAGCACUGAGAGGGAGGCUUUAUCUGAGGAAGGUGCGCUGGUAACGUAUGGGCUGCACUUGAGGAGGGCUCUGGAAGGAGAAGGGGAAGGAGAAGGGGGAGUGACUGUAGCGGAUGAGAUCAUGAAGGGGGGGUUGGGGGACGGGAGGCAGAGGAGCAGGAGCCUAGGUGCUGGUAGCAGCAGCACGGACCUUCCUUCUGUUGCUGUUGCUGAUGCUAGUGCCGCCACCACCACUGGUGCUGCUGGUGUUGUUGGUGCUGCUGUGGGUGAUGGUGGUGCUGCUGGUAUUGCUGCUGCUGUUGCUGCUGCAGAGGCAGAAAGAAUGGGGGUAUUUGAGAGGAUUCAUGCACCACAGACACUGGCAGGAAAAUCCCCAGAUGCAGCAGUGGAAGGGAGAGGUAAGGGGAAGCAGUUGGGAGGACAACGGAUAACAGUUAUAUCGGGGGAUGGUUGUGGUGAUGCUGGGGAUGAUGGUGCAUUGGAUGGUCAUGGGGGCGACAGACAUUUUAAAGAACAAGGCACCUGCAUAGCUGAUCCGAAUGGCUGUGAUGGUGGUGAUGGUGGUGACGGUGGUGAUGAUGCUGCAGAUGGUAAUUUGCAGCACGCUCAAGGAGAUCAAGGACGGAUGAUGAUCGAGGUUGAGGAGGAGCCAGGAGCUGAAUCAAGCGCCAAGGCAGGGAGAAUGGGAGCGGCAAGAGCUUGCUCUGCUGCCGGAGGUUCACAUGCUGUGCCCGGUGCUGCCGCUAGUCCUGCUGCUGCUGCCUCUGCUGCUGCCCCUGCUGCUGCUGCCUCUGCUGCUGCCCCUGCUGCUGCUGCCUCUGCUGCUGCCCCUGCUGCUGCUUCUGCGGCGGCUGCUGCUGCUGCAACUUGCUCUGCUUCUGGGUCUGCUUCUGCCGCUUGUUUCGGAGCAGGUGUGGAGGUGGAGAGAGUGGGGGUAAGGGAGACUUUUGAGUCGACUCAAAAGUCACCAGGUUUGGAGGUGGACAGAGUGGGGGUAAGGGAGGGGAUUUGGACGGACUUUCUCAAGAAAGGGUUGACUCGGCUGUUGGAAGCACAGAACGCUCCGAGUGAUGAUGACGAUGACGAUUAUGAUGUGGAGGAGAAAGAGGAGGAGGGGGAGAGGGAGCGUGGCGGAAAAGAGGAAGAGAUGGAGGAGAUAGGGGGGACUGGUCCGAGAGAAGAAGGUGCAGCAGUGAGUGAGGAGGGAGUGGAGGGAGAGAGGGAGGCUGCUGGAAAGGCGUGUGAGGAGGAGGAGGUAGAGGAGAUUGUGAGGGUCAAACCGGGUCGGAUGGGGAUGGGGAUGGGGGUGGAUGCAGCAGCAGCAGGGAGAGGGGCAGAUGGAGCAGGAACGAGUUUUUUGCCACCAGGAGUCCAGGCUGCUGCUGCAGCAGCAGGGAUAGGGGUAUCGGAUUCGGAUAACCUAAGCAAGUACCUUUCUGCGUCGGACCCAAUAUUCGUUUGUAAGAACCUCACUAUAGUCGACUGCAACGACAGCGCCGCCCGCAUCCUCCGGGUGGCCCAAAACGAGUGCAACACCCGCAUCUUUGGCCAAUCACCAGUCGUCUUCUCGCCGCCCGUGCAACCCGAGGGGAUCCUCUCAGCAGUAGCAAGCGAGCAGCGCUGGCUUGACAUAGCCACGAGCAACGGCCGCCCGUGUAGAUUCCCCUGGGUGCACAUGUCGAUCGAUGGUCAGAUGUUUCUCGUGGAGGUGAUGGCGAUGGUGCUAGUGGACGGCCCAGAUACGUUCCACAUCACCAUGUGGAAACAGUACCUCAACUCCUCGUCUCUUACCCGCGAGCUGAGGCUUGCCGCCCGCGCGAAACGGGCGGCCGAGAGGUCGCGGGUUCAAUUCCUGGCAAACAUGAGUCAUGAGCUGAGGACGCCGAUUAACGGCGUGCUGGGGUAUGCACAGCUGAUGAUGCAGACCCAAUUGGAUCCAGAGCAACAGUCUUACCUGCAGAGUAUAUACGAGUCGGGCGAGGUGCUUCUUGGAACCGUCUCUCAGGUGUUGGAGAUGAGUCAGCUGCAGAAGCGGGAGGUGGUGCCAAGGCGGGUACGCUUCGAUCUACACAGGGCUAUUGGGGAGGCGGCUGGCAGCAUGCGCCCUUUGGCGCACAGGAAGGGGCUGCAGGUAGCAUGGUGGCGGGUAGCAACUGGGAACUGCCUCAUUGCUGGCAGAAUGCGGUCUCUUGCGCACGGGAAUCCCAUCGCCCUUCUCUCUCGUUCCCUCACAUCCCUCCCCGUUCUCACCCCUUUGCAGUUCGGGAUCAGCAUGGACAGAGCAGUGCCGCACGCAGUGUUGGGAGACCCAUCCAUGCUGCGCCAGCUGCUGCUGCACCUGCUCUCCAACGCCCUCAAGUUCACCCACCAAGGCACCGUGCAACUCACAGUGCGCGUCCUGACCCCUCCUGGAUCUGCUGCUGCUGCUGCUGGUGCUGCUGGUGCUGGUGGGGGAGUGGGGGCAGGAGGGAAGCAGAGGGGUGCGGGUCGGCGGGUGUCACAGGUUAUGGGCAAGGCAGGGGAAGGGCGGCAAGGGGGCUUAGUGGGGAGAGGGCUGCAAGGGCAGGAGGGCAAACAGGAGCAGGCAGAGCAGCAGCAGGAGCAUCAGCAGCAGGUGGAGGACGAGGAGGGCUGUUCUGCUGCUGGCACUCAGGGUGUGUGGGGGAGGAGUGAAGGGGGAGCGAGUGGGAGGGAGAGUGGGGCUGUUGAGGCAGGUCGAAUCAUGACUGUUUCAGAAGCCCAGCUGCUGCCGCAGGCUGCUGAAAGGGAGAGGAAGGAGAGGGAGAGGAAAGCGAGGGAGAGAGAAGAGAGGGAGAGGGCGGAAAGGGAGGGGAAAGCGGGGGAGGGGGAAGAACAUGAGGGGGAAGAAAGCGAGGGGGAAGAGAGAGAGAAAGACAGAUCCAGGUCUGAGUUCAGGGAAUCCAAGCAGAUCACAAGGCUUUCUUUCGAGGUGGUGGAUACAGGAGUGGGAGUGCCGCCCAACAUGCUGCAUCAAAUCUUCAAGCCCUUCGUGCAAGUGGACGACUCUGCCGCCCGGGAGUACCAGGGCCUUGGGCUCGGAUUGGCUAUCGCGCAGUCGCUUGUCCGGCUUCUGGGCGGCGAGGGGAUCCAUAUUGAGAGUGAGCCGGAUAAGGGGUCGUGUUUCGCGUUUACCCUUCCUUUUGAGGUGUGGAAGGGGGAGAGGACGGGGGGGAGGGAGAAGAGGAGGGUAAGGGAGGGUGAAAGUGUGGGUGGGGAUGGGGCGGAGGGUGGAGGUGAGGAGGCGGAUGUGAAUGGAGAAGAAAGAUCGGGGAGAGAGGUUCUUGGAGGGGGGGUUUUGGAUAGUGGCCGCGGGCAGGGCAAGCAAGCAAGGAUCGGUGGGGUGAGAUUCGAUGAGGAGAGGUUGCAAUCGUGGGGGGAUGAUAGAGGGGAGUAUGGUGGGUUGGUAGUUGAAGGGAGCGAGCGUGGGGAGAGCAGCGGAGCAGGGGAAGAAGGAGAGGAAGCGAAGGGAGGAGGCGAGAAGGGUGGCGUUCCAGGGAGUAUGAAGCGGAAGAGAGCAGAGGAGAGCGGUGGUGAUGAGAUGGGGAUGAGGCAGGAGCGUCAAGGGGAGGGGAUGGGCAGGGGAAUGUGGGGAGAGGUGCAGGUGGGUCGCUGGGGGGAGGAGCAGGGGGGGGAGUGGGGAGAGGAGGGAAGUGAUGCGAUGGAGGAGAGUGGUAAAGAGAGAGGAAAGGAAAGACGAAAGGACAGAGGAGAGGGGAGGGGGGAGAGCAGAGAUGUGGAGGCACGGAGGGAGGAGGCGAGGAGAAGGAAAUGGAGGGUACAACACGACAGAGGAUUCUUCAGUGGUGCUAGGCGUGCCAAUAAAGGCCGUGAAGGGCUCUUGGCAGAAUCAAAUCCGUUAGGUGCUGCUCUGAUCCGAACCACCAGCCCUGUAAGCGCUGCUCUGCUCCGGUCUGAAAUUCCUACUGCCGCUUCUAUAGGCGCUUCUAUAUGCGUUCCCAUGGGUGGCUCUAUGGGCGCUUCUCCGGGCGCUACUGUGGGAGAUUUCGCCAGCCAGCCCCUCCUGUUCGACCCUGAGAUGCAAGCCCAGGCACAUGAGACAGCACCUGUGCGUGCUCCGCAUGCCCCUGGGGGGAGUUCAGGGGGGGGUUCAGGCUUAGUGUCUGGCUUGGGGUCAGGCUUGGGGUCGGGUUUGGGGUCAGGCCCCCUUGUGGAGCCUUCGCAAACGAUGAUGCCACUGCACGCUGAAUUGGUCAACCGCAGCGUGCUGCAGCGGCUGCUGCGGUCGCUCGGAGCAGAGCAGCUGGUGUUGGCCCGCAACGGGGCCGAGGCUGUAGCGGUGUGCGAGAAGGAUGGAGAGGGGUUGGAUGUUGUUUUUAUGGACCUUCAUAUGCCAGUCAUGGAUGGGUUUGAGGCGUCGGCGCGGAUUCUCGGGCUUUGGAGGAGUCGGUAUGGGUCGGACGCGGUGCCGCGGACUAGUAGCAUGUCGCAGCAACAACAGCAGCAAGUUCAAGCAGUGCAUCCCUUACAGCCCCAGCAGGUGCAGCUGCAGCAGCAAGAAUGUUCGUUUCGGUACAGACCGCUGCUUGUUGCAAUCACGGCAAGUGCAUUGGAGGAGGAAGAGGAGAAGUGUAGGAAGGUGGGCAUGGAUUUCUUUCUCACUAAACCAGUGAGAUUAGCUUCUCUACGAAGUCUUCUCGACCAUGUGAAAGCUGGCAAAUAA